UGGUUGCUAAGACACUCUUGUUUCGCUCCUUGACAACCCUGGCGGGGGUGCUCAGGCUGCGGCCCCGGCUCCGGCCCCCGUGGGAGCAGCACCCCGUGGGGGAGAACAUUUUCUGCUCCCACCAAGUUGGCAGGGCCACCCUGAGUCUCCUGGCCGUGCCCUAACUGCCAGUCUCCACACCUCCUGAGAGCCCGCCCCCUCGCCAGUGGCCCCGGUGGAAGGACCAUGGGAGAAGCUGAAGGGAAGAAAGACGAGGCUGACUAUAAGCGUCUGCAGACCUUCCCUCUGGUCAGGCACUCGGACAUGCCAGAGGAGAUGCGAGUGGAGACCAUGGAGCUUUGUGUCACAGCCUGUGAGAAAUUCUCCAACAACAACGAGAGCGCCGCCAAGAUGAUCAAGGAGACCAUGGACAAGAAGUUCGGCUCCUCGUGGCACGUGGUCAUCGGCGAAGGCUUCGGGUUUGAGAUCACGCACGAGGUGAAGAACCUGCUCUACCUGUACUUUGGAGGGACCCUGGCCGUGUGUGUCUGGAAGUGCUCCUGACACUGUCCCCCGCCCUGGCCCCUGC